AAGCACAAGGGAGCGAAUUCUGGACGGACCUGGGUGCCUUGGACCAGUGAGUGUUGACGGCGGGGCGGUGGCAGCACCAGAAAGCGCGACUGUCCUGAUGUAGUCUACGCCCCCUUCCCGCUCCGGUGACUGUCUCAGCGGGAAGUUGCGUUUGUUAUUUCUGGAGAGCACCGAGCGAGGCCACGGCCGUCCUGCCAAGUCGUCCAGUCCAGGUGACAAAGAAAGAGUUUCCUGGUGCACUAAGCCCCCACCCCUAAGCAACCCGCAACCCCAGGGACUGAAGAUGCUGAGAUCUUUGUGGAAUUUUCUCAAACGUCACAAAAAGAAGUGUAUCUUCCUGGGCACGGUCCUCGGAGGCACUUAUAUCCUGGGGAAGUAUGGACAGAAGAAAAUCAGAGAAAUACAAGAGAAGGAAGCUGCAGAAUAUAUUGCCCAAGCACGGAGACAAUAUCAUUUUGAAAGUAACCAGAGGACCUGCAAUAUGACAGUGCUGUCCAUGCUGCCCACGCUGAAGGAGUCCUUAAUGCAGCAGCUCAAUUCCGAGAGCCUCACAGCUCUGCUGAAACACAGGCCUUCAAACAAGCUAGAAAUAUGGGAGGAUCUGAAGAUAAUAAGUUUCACAAGAAGUAUCGUGGCUGUAUACAGUACUUGUAUGCUGGUCGUCCUUUUGCGAGUCCAGUUAAACAUUAUUGGUGGAUAUAUCUACCUGGAUAAUGCAGCAGUUAGCAAAAAUGGCACCACAGUCCUCGCCCCGCCAGAUGUCCAACAGCAGUAUUUAUCAAGUAUUCAGCACCUCCUUGGAGAUGGCCUGACAGAACUGAUCACUGUCAUUAAACAGGCUGUGCAGGAGAUUUUAGGAAAUAUUUCUCUUAAACAUUCUUUGUCCCUUUUGGACUUGGAGCAAAAGCUAAAAGAAAUCAGAAAUCUCACUGAGCAGCAUAAAUCUUCUUGCUGGAUUGAUAAAGAUGGAUCCAAAUCUUUAUUAUGCCACUAUAUGAUGCCAGAUGAAGAAACUCCAUUAUCAGCUCAGGCCUGUGGGCUUUCCCCCAGAGACGUCACCACCAUCAAACUGCUCAACGAAACUAGGGACAUGCUGGAAAGCCCAGACUUUAGUACGGUUUUGAAUACCUGUUUAAACCGAGGGUUCAGUAGGCUGCUGGACAACAUGGCUGAGUUCUUCCGACCUACUGAACAGGACCUCCAGCACGGAGACUCCAUGAACAGCCUUUCCAGUGUCAGCCUGCCGUUGGCGAAGAUAAUUCCCAUAGUGAAUGGUCAGAUCCACUCGGUUUGCAGUGAAACGCCUAGUGAUUUUGUUCAGGAUCUGCUGCUGAUGGAGCAAGUGAAAGACUUUGCGGCUAAUGUCUACGAAGCUUUCAGCACUCCUCAGCAACUGGAGAAAUGAUUCUCUUUCCAAAAAUACCUAUUGUAGAUUAAUCUGCUUUUAAAAAUACACUGAAUAAGUCAGGUAUAUAUGUAUAUAAUAAUGAUUUAUUACCAAAAUGCCUAAUUAAAAAAUAUUCUUAGAGUCUUCAUUUCAUAAUAAAAGAUUUAUUUGUCAUCUUAAUAUAUUUUUUUAAAAGUCAUCAGUGGACUCAGUUUUGUGGGCAUAUCUCAAUAUACAUAGCACAUACACCAGAAUGUUUGUCACCCCGUGGAUAUUGGUUCCAAACUGUCUGAAAACUAAUGUAGAUACAUUUUUUAUAUAGUGUGAAGUUCAGUAUACUUUGGCAUUAAUACUGAGGUAAAAGCUCUUUGGGAAAUAGAUGUAAUGUCUGGAAAAUGUGCUCUUUAACCAAUCAUGAAGGCCACUGGACAGCCAUGUACAGCAGUAAAUCAGACUUUUCUCCAGCUGCUCCUGAAAGGAAUAAGUGAUGUGUCUUCA